UCAAAAUAGGUUCGAGCUGACCUGCAGCGGGAUAUUUCCCUCUCCGGACCGUCCGUUUUGUUGUGGAUCUGUGCAGGGAAAGUCUGACCAAAGUCGUCCUGCAGGCUUGCAGUGUUUGCGGUGAUAAUUGUGGAGGAGGUUCUGGAUGAUCGGGUCAGUUCUGGAGCAGCCAGGAGCCCGAGAAGAAACGCGAUCUGUUCGGCUGGCUGUGGGAAAUUGGAACUCUGCUGCCUUGUUUUAAAACUCCUUUUAGUUUUUAAGUCGCUUUUGAGUUCUUGUGCGGUGAUGUGAGCUUCUGCACGGAGCAGUCAUGACGCACGCUGGAAGUUUAGCCCUCUCCUCCUAAACUCCCGUCGUUUUUUUUUUCUUUCUUUUUUUCGUGCAUCUUUUUAAACCAAUUCUUCAACUUGCAGGAUCAGAUCAAAUGGCCAACGAGCGGAAACCGCGGCUUUGUGUCAUGGCCAAAGGCGAGACCGGGUACGGGUUCCACCUGCACGGAGAGAAGGGGAAGACGGGACAGUUCAUCCGCAAAGUGGAGCCCGCGUCCCCCGCGGAGGAGUCGGGACUGCGCGCCGGGGACAGAGUGGUGGCUGUGAACGGAGUCAACGUGGAGAAAGAGACGCACCACCAGGUCGUGCAGCGGAUCAAGGCAGUGGCCCAUGAGACCCGGCUGCUGGUGGUCGAUCAGGAGACGUAUGAAAGCCUGCGCAGCCUCCACCUCACAGCCACAGAGGACAUGGCCGUUCUCGGGACAGAGGCACCCGCCUCCUCCUCGACCCCCGCAUCCCCGUCCCCUGUGCCGUCCCCGACCCCCUCCUCCCACACCAAGAAGCGCCAGAACGGCUCAGUGUCCAAGCAGCCCUCCACGCCCAGCGGCCAGGUGCAGAAGCCCACGAGGAGGUCACCGUCAAAGGCUGUGAAGAAGGAGGUUGUAUCACAAGAAGAAGAUGUCACUCAGCCCCAGUCCAAUCCCCAGAUCGACCCGUCUGAGCUCGUCCCACGGCUGUGCCACCUGGUGCGCUCUGAGACGGGCUACGGCUUCAACCUCCACAGCGAUCGAUCACGGCCCGGUCAGUUCAUCCGCUCCCUGGACCAGGGCUCCCCUGCAGAAACUGCCGGACUCCGACCCCAGGACCGACUCAUCGAGGUGAAUGGUGUGAACAUUGAGGGCAUGAAGCAUUCGGARGUCGUGGCCUUCAUAAAGAAAGGAGGGGACCAGACGUGGCUGUUGGUUGUGGAUCCCGACACGGACGAACACUUUAAAAAGAGCGGAGUGGUUCCUACAAUCAGCCAUGUCAAAGAUUACGAUGGUCCACCCAUAUCCAACGGCUCCCACAGCACUCAGGUCAACGGCAGCUCCACCACCCAGUCCAUCAGGUCCACUCACUCUGACCUCAGCAGUCAGGGCAACAGCACGCAGCUGGCAGAUGACGAGGGCAGCCGGCUCUUGGACCCGUUCGCAGAGAUAGGUUUGAGGUUGGCCGCCACAGCGGCGGAGGAAAAGUUGAAAGUCCACUCCAAGGAAAAGAAGAAGGCCCCGCAGAUGGAUUGGAUAAAGAAAUAUGAGCUCUUCAGUAAUUUCUAGGACGUUCCUCUCCAGAGACACUUCAGAGACCAAACGAUGGCGCUCCGUGCAGCAUUCUGGGCGGACAGGAACCAAGACUAACUGGUGUUAAACGUGGCGAGAAAAUAAAAGUUGUCCAAAGGAUUUUAUCCUGUUUCAGACGCCCUUUAACAGUUACUCUUCUGUCGACACGAGCAAAGAGCUGAAUGUUUGCAACAACUGUUUCAUUUGCAGAUAAGAGUAUUUACAAAAAGACUGAUAUCAACUCUACAUUAAUUCUUCUUACUCAGAAAGACUAACUAUAGCAGCUAUUUUUGUAUUUAAAUCUUAUAAACAGCUCUAAAUAAGUAGUAGUAUCCCACCAUCAUGGACUGUCUUCAGGAGUAGACACUGUGACGUUAAUGACUGUGGACAUCGAAUUUUCUCUGAAUCAGUCUGAGGACAUCUGAAACUGGCUGAAGAUCACUGUGAACGAGUGGAGGCUCUCCACUUCCACCCUGUGCAGUCACUUUGAUAAGUGUUUUAACCAAACUCUCAUUCAGGAGCUGAACCACUGUGGAUCAAACCAGUUUUAUAUCUUGUAGGUCUAAAAUCUCAUUUUUUACAGAAGGACAUUGUGCACAAAUUUGCACAACAGAAUGUUGUGAACACAAACUUUUUGUGUUGAAAAGGGACAAAAAGCAACAAAAGAAAUGAGGUCUAAGCAUUAAUGCAUAUUGAAAUGAGGGAUGGGUUCAAGGCUUCAUGUCUUCAUUCAUCUUAUAAAACUGCCUCCCGACCCCCAAAAAAUAAAAGAAACUUAUAUGAGGUCAAGAAAGAAAGAUUCAACAAUAAAUUAUAAGCGGUGUUAURAAGAUGUUUUAGACCUUUUAAAGUGGGGGUUUCUGUGAAAAGAUUAUAAACUUUUAAACUAACGGCUAGUCCAAACACAACAAAGAGGGCGGACGCUGUCGCAAACAUUUCUCUGCAGUUCUUGCAAACACUGUUUCAUAGGAUCUUAUGCAAAUUCACAUCAAACUGUUAUUUACACAGAAUUAUUCAGUUAUAUGUUAGCACAAGUAGCAGCAGAUGCAGAUGCUGCAAGUCCUCUGCAAACCAGCAUACUUCAAAACUUCAUUUUCAAAACUUGCAAUAUAGCUAAAUUCAUUUUCAAACCAAUGGAUUUAAUUUCACUUUAUGCAAAUUCAGAUUCAUUCUGAGCUAUUCAAAUUCAGUUUCUGAUGGCACAAGUUUCUUCCCAURAGUACACAACAAAAUGURUUUAACUGCUAAAUGCUUUUGCAUGGUUUGUCCCCCUUAAAUAUGUUUGCAUGAACUUUAAAGAAAURUUGAAGACCUUUUAAUACAGAUAUUUUAGAAGUAGGUCAACUCAGACCAAACUGAUGAAUAGCUAUGCAGGGCUAAGACCAAAGGGGAUUUUUCUUGUCUUAUAUGGAUGGUUUAGUCAUUUUUGAAGUAAUGUUCUGUGAUUGAGAACAAGCUAUGAAAAGAAAAAAGUGGCUAUACAGAUUGGUCUUCAUUUUUUAUAUGCUUCAGGACUCAUACACUAGCAUAAUAACACAGUAAAACAGUGACCCACUGCAAAACUAUCAAGGUUUAACUUAGUUACGCUAGUUUUCUAUCACAUMAGCAUGAUGUUUUUUUUAAAGAGAUUCAUUUUAUUUCCAUAAAAGUUGCUGUAAUGGGUCGUUCAAACAUCUAUCUACAACAGGUAAGAUAUUGAUUGUUCAUAGCUUUUUCAUAGAACCCCAGUUUAAAAGCCUUGAUGUGAAUUUUUGAUUCGGUUUGAAAUAUGAAGGCAUGUUGUGUUUUUCUAAGAAGAUAUGGAAGGAAAACUGAUACCCUGGCCAAGUAGCCUACCAUUAAAAUGUCAGUAUUAAUUAUAUUUAUUUUGUAUUAGAUUCAUUUAACAGCGCAGAAUGUUAAAAGAGAACAUCGUAUUCUUUGUCACUAAAUAACUGGAAGGAAUUUCAUGGUAAUAUCUCAGAAUAUGUUAUCAGAAUAAGUGUUUAGUCUUGCUUUAUGGAAUGUGAAACAAAACAGGACAAACUGGUGGGAGAAACCAUAUUUGGGAAGUAAAUACGACAUAAAUCUUAGUGUUUACAGCUUUAUUUUAAGAAACAAGAGCCAGCGUUUGAAGUUUUUGAAMUCUAAAUGUCCUGUGGGAUGUGGCCAGAUCUGUUGCAGUUUUGUGCAGCAGUUUGUUGGGUGGAGGGUGAGGUGGAGAAGCUCACAGAGGACAGCGAUGAAGAGGAGAAGCUUGGGAAAGACAGAGGGAGCCGUGGAGAUUACUGAGGAUUUUUAAGAACGCGGGAGCAGCUGUUGUACACAUGCUCACACGCAUGUUUGUAUGUGGAGAAGGUAUGCAGUACAUGCCACAAUCCAAAGAAUGUUGAUGUUAUUGCAUUGCCRUCAUUUGUACCCUCUCAGCAAAACAAACUGUCACAUGUGGAACAGCAGGUUGCUUUUUUCAAUAAAGUGUGACAAUGGCGUUGAAUUAAAUAUCGUCUUUCCCACCUG